AUGGCAGAAAACGGUCAAGCAAAUUUAACUGGCUCACUGAAGCAAUGGAAUCAUUUUGGUCAACCUAUUUUAUCGAAACUCUGCUCAACAGUCUAUGCCGAACAAGAUAUUGACUGGCUUUGGUCACCUUGUGAUUCCUGUGCUAUGUUAGUUGGUGAACAGAAUCAGACACACACACGCACCAACGUGAAUCCCAGCUGA